CAUGUGACGUUUGUGGAAACAUAUUAGCGUCCAGUUUGGGAUGUCUCCUGAGUAUUUUAAUAGUUUUACUCUUAGUUAGCUUUUAUUCAUUUUAUCCGGUGCUCAUUUGUAAACAUGGAGCAGGCAGCUAGCGUCAACGCAGAUCCUGUUCGCUCCGACAGCAAUGGUAACUGGACGCAGCGGCGCAACUGGAUCGGAUUUUGGUUCCUUGGAUUGUGCAACAACUUUGCUUAUGUGGUAAUGUUGAGUGCUGCCCAUGACAUCCUCAAAAAACAAGAGUCAGGAAACACCACAGCAUCUACUUUAGUCACAGUGGCCAUAGAUUUCCAAGGGGGGAACAGUAGCAACAGUAGCCGAUAUGACUGCAAUCCUGUCUCUACUGCGGCUGUGCUGUUAGCUGACAUCCUCCCAACGCUCGUCAUCAAACUAUUUGCUCCUUUUGUGAUCCACAAACUGCCUUAUGGUAUCCGAGUGCUGUUCUGUGCCAUCAUGGCAGCGGCGAGUUUCCUCCUUGUGUCCUUUUCCUUCACUGUGUGGAUGAGCAUUCUGGGAGUGAUCUUUGCUAGUAUUAGCUCUGGACUGGGAGAACUGUCCUUCCUCUCCCUCACUGUGUUCUUCAGCAGUGAUGUACUGGAAGGCUGGGGCUCAGGCACUGGCGGUGCUGGUGUUGCUGGAGCUGUGCUCUACUCACUCCUCACUCAAGUCGGUCUGUCACCCCAGAAGACGCUUCUCAUCAUGCUGGUGGUUCCAUUUGUUAUGUUGAUUAGCUAUUUCUUCUUGCUGGUUCCUCCACCUUCAUUGCCUCAGUGGAAAAACAGGGAGACAGAAUAUGUAGCUGUGGGCUCAGAGGAGCGUCGGCGGCUGAUGGAUGGAACAGAAGAUGAGGAGCAGGAGAAAUCGACCUCAGAGGACAGGACCACUGGACCUCUCACCUGCACAGAGAAACUGCACAUCAUCAAAGGCUUGCUGAGGUUUGUGUUUCCCCUGGGACUGGUUUACUUUGCUGAGUACUUCAUUAACCAGGGCUUGAUGGAACUCCUGUAUUUCCCCAACUUUUUCCUGUCUCAUGCACAGCAGUAUCGCUGGUACCAGACGCUGUAUCAGGUCGGUGUGUUAGUGUCUCGCUCCUCCCUGUGCUGUGUGAAGAUCAGGAAGCUGUGGGUUCUCUCUUUGCUACAGGUGGUGAAUGCUGUGCUGCUCCUGUUCGCAGUGCGCUACCAGUUCCUGCCCAGUGCCUGGCUGGUGUUUGUUAUUAUCUUCUAUGAGGGUCUGCUGGGUGGAGCUGCGUAUGUCAACACAUUCUACUUCAUCAGCAAGGAGACUGAGGACAGACAGAGGGAGUUUUCCAUGGCUGCUGCCACUGUAGGAGACAGUCUGGGCAUAGCACUGGCUGGACUCGCUGCUUUCCCCGUGCACAGAUACUUCUGUUCCCUAUGACCCAGCCCACAUGCAGGAUGAAAAAGCAAGAUGUGGGUGCAUUCAUGUUGAGGGAUUGUUUUUUUAUCUGAAGUGACUUGUGGACCAAAAUGCUUGAUUAACUGAGUAACGUAUUGGAGGUUUGCUGGCUUGCACAAACUGCGCUAUUAACCGGUCACCUACGGAGAAGAACUAAUUAUUCUGUCAUAACAGUGUGGAAAACAUCCAUAGUUAGUUUUGCAGACCAUUAUUAGUUGGUGCACUCACCUUGAUGACAAAUAAUGUCAUGACAGGCUUUUAUGAUGCAGGGAAGACAGGACAGGAAAUGCUCUGUUCAUGUCAAAGAAACAUAGCAUAUAACAUAAUCACGAUAUUUUUAAAUCAUAUUUAUGGUUGAUUUUAUGAAUGUUGUAGUGUGUCUGAAUGACAGGAUGAAGCAGAGCAUCUCAUUUUCAGAAAGCCCCCUGUCCCUUUGUUUGGUCAUGGUCAUACAGUUUGAAGAGCCUCCUGGUAAAGGAGUGGACAGUAAGUGCUGAGCCCCUGAACUGAACCAAACACCAGACUACACUCAUCUUUCUUUACAAUAAUGAAGUCUUCAAAAUAAAAGGUGUUAAUCUCUCAAAGCCAUUUAGAGCUGGCAUUAUACAAAAUAACCUACUGUAGUACAACUCUUAAGAGGAGCUGCACACUUACAUGUGUUUGCUAAGCUGUAAACUAAAUUAUAUUUCUGUACUCUCAUCAGUGUUGAAGUCAAUAUUGACAUUUCUUAUCAAAUUUAGAAUGGCUGAACACACGAUCUACUAUUUCAAACCACCCUGAGCCUUGCAAGUCCAGUGUUGACAAAGAGUCAACUAUCUGUGACUUAUCUGUGUCAAGAAAUUUAGAUAUAUAAAACAAAUAAUUAAGACCCUUUGAUCGGAGGCUGGCAACCCACCUCUCCCAGCAUCUGUCUUUUAAUGGAGUACGUGCGACUGUGGUCGUUUUCAAAUAUAUACUGACUGAGUGUUAUUGUUCAGGUUAUGUUUUUACUAUCACUAUAUUUAAAAUUUUUCAGUUUUGGUGCAGUGAUUCAGGCUUUUGAUGGCUGCAGAAGCUUGACCACAUUGCAGUCUCUAAUGGUUUGAUGUUUCCCUCUGUAUUCUCUAGAACCAGUAUGAAUCAGGUUUUUGUUUAACUAACUGACAUUUAUUGUUUUUGUUUUGUUUUUUUACUCGCUGGGUUCUGUUUUAAAAGGUCAUUGUUGAAGUGACCAAAAAAUGCCUUUUACUGUAAGUUUCUACUAAAGAUAAACAAGGCCUUUAUAUGUACAUUUUAUGUUUUAUAUGCAGCAACAAACUGGAAAACAGAUCAUUGUCCAGAAAUUUAAAAUGCUAUCUUUUAAAUUUGUAUGAAACCAGUGAACAGGUGUUGUAACAAUCAAUCAAGAUCAUUUGAUCUUUGUUGUGCACUUUUCCGCUUGUGUUUUGCUCAAGUUCUGCUGUUUUGCUUCCAAACUUUGUUUUCCCGUUUUCAUAAAGUAAUAUAAGUAGUCCCGUAUGAAAAAGUGAUUGCACUGUGAUUAGUGCUUUGGGACUAAUCACACAACAUACUGAUCCUCCAUGUGGUCACUAUUCUUGAUUGUCUAGGACCAUCUGUUGGUCACUGAAACACAACAUGCCACCUUUGAAUUAUUAUAUCUGAGGUUUUGUUUAAACCACUCUGCUCUAAAAUACGACUGGGUUCACAGUUAAUCUACUGAUUAUUUGUGUGGAAGUAUAAAAUACCUCAAACUUGUACUUCAGGGCAGUACUCAAGCACACUGUGCUUAUGUAGUUAGAUUUAAUCACGGGUUAUUCUAAUUUGUGAUUUAGAUUUUUGUUUGUACUGAAAAUAUAUAUCGGAUCUAAAUAUCGAUUAUGGCCCUCCUUUAUUGCUAAUAACUGGAAUCUGUAUCAGCUUUGGGUAAUAAAAAACAUCAGUCAGUCCCUA